CCCAGUGAUGUGCCACUGCCAGCGCAGGGGGGGGCAGCUCCUGCUGGGUCGGGAUGCCCAUCUGCACGUCUACGAGCACGGCGGGGCUGCGCAGGUCGCUGGCGUCCACUCCCAGGCACUGCCAGACCUGCCAGAUGGCACCAUCGACCUGGACCAGCUGGAGAUGACCAUCCGUGAUGCCCACGGCAGCCGGUACCACCCGCGCCCCGAGCUCAUCUGCCUGGAGAACACGCACAGCUCGGCGGGGGGCCGGGUGCUGCCCCUCACCUACCUCCAGCAGGUCCGAGGGCUCGCUGACCGCUACGGGCUGCGGGUGCACAUGGACGGAGCGCGGCUGAUGAACGCGGCGGUGGCCCAGGACGUGGAGCCGGCUCGGAUCACCCAGCACUGCCACUCCGUGACCCUGUGCUUCUCCAAGGGCUUGGGUGCCCCAGCUGGUGCGGUGGUGGCCGGAUGCAGGGAGUUUGUGGCCGAGGCCUGGCGUGUGCGGAAGCUGCUGGGCGGGGGGAUGCGGCAGGCGGGCGUGCUGGCCACCGCUGCCCGCCUCGGGCUGGAGCAGGCGGCAGUGACGCUGCGCAGAGACCACCACAACGCCCGGCGCUUCGCUGAAGGCAUCCAGGAGCUGAACUCGCCCCUCAUCUCAGUCAACCUGGCAGCGGUGGAGACCAACAUCGUGAUGGUGAGCAUCAGGGGGGGCUGGCCAUCCCCCGCCGAGCUCUGUGAGCACCUGCAGGACGUGAGCGAGGAGGAGGUGGCUGAGACCGGCCAAGCCGUCAGCGUCCUGCUCUUCCCCUGGUCGGCACACACCGUGCGCGCUGUCUGGCACCGUGACAUCUCGGCCCGUGACACCGAGCUUGCCAAGAACAAGCUGGAGUUUGUGGCCAGGAAGUGCCAGGAGAAGCUGGCCCUGGGUGUGCGCCCCACUCCUCCGAGCACGGGGGGAGCCUGAGCAUCCUCUCCAGCCCCAGUGCUGGGGUGGGGACAGCUGCUCUCCCUGUGCUGCAGGCGAGCUGGGCAGGCUCUCCCAGCCCUGUCCUGGUAGCCAGCAGCAAAAUGACUGGGGCCACAGCGUGCUCCAGCAAAGUUCCCAGCUGGCUGCAGCACAGUGUCCACCCCGGUGUGCAGCCCAGGCCUGGGGAGACCCCAGCCCACCCCCCAGAGGGAGGGAGCACCUUCAAAGACAUGGUCAGAGGGAUAGCAGGGAGCCCACCUCUCACAGUAGGUUGCCCACAUCUCACACCACAUCCCAGACCCAGCAAACACAGCCCCAGAGCACCCUCUAGUCCUCAGCAGCAGCUCUGCUUCUGUAGCUGGGGUCCUGCAGACAGCAGUCCCUGACCCUAAGACACCCCCCUGCCCCUGGCCUGUGUGCACCCCACGUGUGCAAGGGUGCUGCCGCAGGGAGACACAUCCCGAGGGAUGCUCGGGGCACAAAAUAAACGUGUUCUGGCAGC